AUGGAUAAUGAUAUAUGUUCAAACUUUGAUAUUUUGAGGGAUUAUAUACCCGAUGAAUUAGGCGGUACACCAAAAUCUGAACUUAAAAAUAUUAGUAAUUACAAAAAUUAUUGCCCUAAUGAUAACUGCGAUACUGAACUCGAAAAAAUUACGAUUGGAUUUUUAUGGUUACUUGAACAAUGUUUUUCUACAUUCAUAAAUAAAAAUCAUAAUGAAAAUAAUACUAAUGCAUAUUUUAUAUAUAUUAUUUUAUGGUUAAGCUACCAAUUAAAUCAAAGAACAUAUUACAAAUCCACCCCAAUAAACGAUUUUUAUAAUGAACAUGUAAAAAAUAGUGAUAAAUAUAAAAGUAUUUUAACUGAUUCCUAUAGAAUUGGAAAUCUUAAGGAAUUCAUGGAUGAACAAUAUUAUUUACUGGAUAUUAAUAUUGAAGAUCUGUCUAAAUUUUAUGGUGCAUUUAAAGUAUUAUGUGAAAUGUAUACUGGAUUUGAAGCAAACAUGUCAAAUUGCACACAAUGUUCGGAUAAAGCUAAUCAAUUUGUUGAAAAAUGUAAAGAUCUUAUUAAAAAUUCUGAUAUUACUAGUAAUAGUUCCUAUAAUGAACUAUUGUCUACUUUAUCAACUGAUUAUGAUAAUUUUAAAAUUUAUUGUAAUAACAAAGGUGUUAAUUGUGAAAAUUUUCCAACCCUUCCAACAUAUUCACGAAGAUCAGUAAUAAAAAAGAUUAUAAUUUCAAUUGCAUUUAUAUUUGUUGCAGUAGCAAUUUUCUUUGGAAUUGCUUAUAAGUAUUCGUUAUUUGGAUUUCGGAAACGAGCUCUAAAACAAUAUUUAAGAGAAAAAAUUAAAAAUAUAAAGAAGAGAAUGAAUUAUUAA